AUGGGGGCCCCCACGAUAGAGAAGAAUUCCUUCUAUGGGGGGAGGGGGGCCCCUCAGCAGCAGCUGCUGCAGCAGCUGCAGCAGCAGCAGCAGCAGCAGCAGCGGCAGCAGCAGGUGAGAGGCCUGCUCUUCGCGUUGCUGCCUUAUGUGGGGUCCUUUGUAUGUGCAUUCGCAGCUUUUGCUGCUGCUGCUGUGUAUCUUCAGCUGCUGCAUCUGCUGCAGCAGCUGCAGCAACUGCAGCAGCAACAGCAGCAGCAACAACAGCUGCAGCAGCAGCAAAGCUGUCUGCUGCAGCAGGUUGUAGCAGCAGAAAUAGUUGCUGCUGCAGCUAUUGCAGGCGCAGGGGGGAUCCGCUGGCUGCUGCGGGGGGCCUACGAGGUUCAGCUGGAGCAGCAGCACUGCAGCAGCAGCAGCAACAGCAGCAGCAACAGCAGCAGCAGCGGCAGCAGCAGCAACAGCAGCAGCAGCAACAGCAGCAGCAGCAGAGUGCUUGUGAAUGGGGUUACUUUUAUUCUAUCAUUGUUGGCCAUCUGCUGCCCUUCCUUUUCUCUUGCUUCUGCUGCUGCAUCUGCUGCUGCUGCUGCACCUGCUGCUGCUGCUGCUGCUGCUGCUGCUGCACCUACAGCCUGCAGGAGCACAGCUUUGAUGCGCUGGGCAGCAGCAGCAGCAGCAGCAGCAGCAGCAGCAGCAGCAAGUGGUGCAACGGCUCUUCGCGCUGUUCGCCUGCCUGCCUCAAUCCCCCUACCCGGCAGCAGCAGCAGCAGCAGCAACAGCAACAGCAACAGCAGCAGCAGCAGCAACAGCAACAAGAGCAGCAGCAGCAGCAGCAGCAUCUCUCAGCGUAGGAGAGUGCAGGCUUAUGCUGCAGCACUUUGUAGCAGGGACGUGGCUGCCUUCAGCAGCAGCAGCAGCAGCAGCAGCAGCAGCAGCAGCAACAGCAACUACAACGGCUGCAAGAAGAACAGAACCCGCAGGACCACCACACAGCAACUACAACGGCUGCAAGAAGAACAGAACCCGCAGGACCACCACCACCACCACGAGCAGCAGCAGCAGCAGCAGCAGCAACAGCAGCAGCAGCAACAGCAGCAGCAGCAGCAACAGCAGCAACAGCAGCAGCAGCAGCAGCAGCAACAGCCGAUCGUUGUUGCAGCAGCAAAAGUUCAUCAGACUGCAGCACAGCUGCAUAAAAAAAACUGUCCCCACUAUUCAAACCAGCAGCAGCAGCAGCAGCAGCAGCAGCAGCAGCAGCAACAGCAGCAGCAGCAGCAGAUAACGGCUCAGUGUACACCUCCAGGCAACUCUGAUGUGGUGGGGGCCCCCACAGGGGCCCCUAGGGACGAGCGUGAGGGUACAGCUGGGGGGCCCCCUAUAGAGCAUGAGGGUACAGCUGGGGGCCCCCCUGUCGGGGGUGAGGGUACAGCUGGGGGCCCCCCUGUCGAGGCGGGAGUAUGGGCCUCAUUCCCCUUUCAGGGUGUUGCUCGCGAGGCGUUGAUAGCUGAGGCUGUAGAAGAGCUAGAAGUGAAUUUCCUUGGGGCCCUCAGGGUGGUGCAUGCGCUGCUGCCGCUGCUGCGGGGAAACACGCUCCCUGCUGCUGCUGCUGCUGCUGCUGCUGCUGCUGCUGCUCCUGCUGCAGAGUCCUCGACUGCAGCAGCAGCAACAGCAGCAGCAGCAGCAGCAGCAGGAGCAGGGAGACCCUCAGACAGUUCUCUAUUGGUAUCACCCAGAGCUGCUGCCCCCGUGUCGUCUGCAGCAACAGCAUCUCCAGCAGCAGCAGCAGCAGCAGCAGCAGAUGCAGCAGCAGCAGCAGCAGCAGCAGCAGCAGCAGCAGCAGCAGCAGCAGCAGCAGCAGCAGCAGAUGCAGCAGCAGCAGCAGCAGCAGCAGCAGCAGCAGCAGCAGCAGGCAGCGGCGGAUUUUUAAAGAACUGUCUCUUUAGUUUGUGUGGUGUCUCCGUUUGUCUCCCUGCCCGCAUCAUCCUUCUCUCUUCUGCUGUUGCUGCUGCUCCCCCCCCAGGCCAGGGGGUGUAUGCAGCAACAAAAGCAGCAGCAGCAGCAGCAGCAGCAGCAAUCCGAGCUGAGCUGCGCUGCCACAAUAUCUGCGUCGUUUGUGUUGCACCGGGAGCAGCAGCUACGGGCCUCUUCUCUAGGAGGCCUUCCAUCUGCAGCAGCAGCAGCAGCAGCAGCAGCAGCAGCAGCAGCAGCAGCAGAAGCAGGGGCCCCCAGGGGGCCCUGCAGCAGCAGGUGCUCGAUGAUCAAUGCGAGCUUUUGCUGCACUUGGCUUCCCCCCCAGGUGUUGCUGCUGCUGCUGUUGCUGCUGCAGUGGCAGCUGUGCUGCCCCCCAGCAGCAUCAGCUGCUGCUGGGACUCUACUGUGUGGCUGCUGCUGCAGCACUGCAGCAGCAGCAUCCGCGAUCUGCUGCUGCUGUCUUUAUUUGCUGCUGCUUGGCCUCACCCUCUACGCCGCCUCAUCAGGGCGGUGGGGGGCCCCCAAGGGGCCCCCAAGGGGGGCCCCCUAGAAGGAGACGGAAAGAAAAACAAUAAGUAA